GGCGUGUGUCACCGGGUAGAUACCCGUGGCCAGGUACAGGCGGAGGCACUGACGACACGGGAGUGGAUGCGCUCUCGGGCUGGGGCUCCUGGGGAGUGAGCGCACGAGUAGCCGCCGCCCGCCCGGAGCCGCCCCCGGGCCAGUCCCCCUGCGCCGGGGCGGGCAGCCCGUCCGCGCCGCACCCGCCGCCGCCGCCAGCCUGCCUCAUGGCUACCAGGGUGCUGACCAUGAGCGCCCGCCUGGGUCCCGUGCAGCAGCCCGAGGAGCCGGUGUUCGCGCAGCUCAAGCCCGUGCUGGGGGCCAGGGAGGCAGCGAUCUUCCCCGGAGAGGACCUGAAGCAGCAGCAGCAGCCGCCGCCGCCGCCCCAGCAGCAGCAGCAGCAGCAGCAGCACCCGGGGGGCGGCGGCGGGGGCGGCGGCGCGACCCUGCCGGCGGAGGAGAUGGUACAGACAAGAUGUGAAAUGGAGAAAUACCUGGCACCUCAGCUCCCACCUGUUCCCGUCAUCCCUGAACAUAAGAAAUACAGAAGAGACAGUGCCUCGGUUGUAGACCAGUUUUUCACUGACAGCGAAGGGUUGCCUUACAGCAUCAACAUGAACGUCUUCCUCCCCGACAUUAGCCACCUGAGAACUGGCCUGUACAAAUCUCAGCGACCCUGUGUAACCCACAUCAAGACAGAGCCGGUCACCAUCUUCAGUCACCAGAGCGAAACUACUGCCCCUGCCCCCGCCCCUACUCAGGCCCUCCCCGAAUUUACCAGCAUCUUCAGCUCUCACCAAACUCCCGAUGUGAACAACAUUUUCAUCAAGCAGGAGCUUCCUACUCCAGAUGUUCAUCUUUCCGUCACGCCCCAGCAAGGCCAGUUAUAUCAGCUCUUGAGCUCACCGGAUUUAGAUAUGCCCAACACUACUACUCAGGCAGCCGUGAUGGACUCCCUUAACAAUGUCUCCAUGCCGUCAGCCAUGGCGGGCCUUAACACGCUCUCCUCGGCUGUUCCACAGACUGCAAUGAAACAGUUCCAGGGCAUCCCCCCCUGCACCUACACCAUGCCAAACCAGUUUCUGCAGCAGCAGGCCACUUAUUUCCCUCCUUCGCCCCCAAGCUCAGAGCCUGGAAGUCCAGACAGACAAGCAGAGAUGCUACAGAAUUUAACCCCUCCUCCGUCAUAUGCCGCAACUAUAGCUUCCAAGCUGGCAAUUCACAAUCCAAAUUUACCAGCGACUCUGCCCAUAACCCCCCAGAACAUCCAACCAGUCAGAUACAACAGGAGAAGUAACCCAGAUUUGGAGAAAAGACGUAUUCACUACUGUGACUAUCCUGGCUGCACGAAAGUUUAUACAAAGUCUUCUCACUUAAAAGCGCACCUGAGAACUCACACGGGUGAGAAACCGUACAAGUGCACCUGGGAAGGCUGCGACUGGAGAUUUGCUCGCUCGGAUGAAUUAACACGCCACUACAGGAAGCACACGGGGGCAAAGCCCUUCCAGUGUGCUGUCUGCAAUCGCAGCUUCUCCCGCUCCGAUCACCUGGCUCUCCACAUGAAGAGGCAUCAGAACUAAAAGCUGGACUUGUCGUUGAGGCUGUUUUGUAUCUAUGCAAUUUCCUAUUGACUCUUGACAUACAACUGAAAUAUUAGUUUAAUUUUUUGAGUAUGGGCUAUCCAUUUAAAAGAAAUCUCAAAAGAAACUGGAAAUGUAUAUUUUGUAUAUUUAUGCAGAAAAAGGGAAGACACUGUAUCACAGUACCAGAGUGUUUGGUCGUUUGUUUGCUCUCAUGAUGUAUAUGGCUUUAGUCAGCAGGUUUCAUCUCUUUACAAGUAUUAUGUCUUGACACAUUGCAGCUUUAUAAAUUUUUUUUUUCUCUUGCGGUGUUUUGACCAAAGCACUGUCAUUAUUGUGACAAUGUUUAGUAAACAAAUUAAUGAGAGGCUGCAAAUGAAUGAACGCAGUGGAAAAGCCAUGAAUUGUAAUCUGUCAGGUUUUUACUGGACAUACUUAGUACUUGUGGGUUUUUUUAAAAUGUUAAGUCGUUCUGUGGAGAUAAAACUACAUAGAAAAAUUCAUAAACAGCCAUAGAACAAAAUAUUUUGUUCUGUAUGUUGCAUGUUUGCUAUGACAAAGAUUUUGUAAAUAUGCAAAUCAGCUUUUUAGGUUUAAUACAAAAGUUUUCUAAGAAUCAUCUGAAAAAAGCAGUUGUUUUACAUUUGAUAACACGGCACAUUUACAAAAAAGUUAUUUAAAUACCUCUCAAAACAGUACCAACUUAGCUUCAUUUUUCUUAAGAGAAAUGAGCUAAGCAUCCAGAUAUUUUGUACCUGUUAACUCAAAAUGGUGUGCACUGAAUAUUCAAAGCAGGAUUUUGUUUUCAAAUUGCUUAAAAGGGCAAAACAUCUAGAACGAACUGUAAAGUCAAUGUGGGAAGCUUAAAUAACGGGGAUAGUUACAAAGAACACAGAAUGUUAAACCUCUUACUAUAAGCUAAACUUAGUAUCACUUUAAAAAGAAGGAUUUAGGAUGCAAUUUUCAUA